CCGCUGAUAGCCGCUGCAGGGACGCGCUCGUGCAAGUGAGACACCGCAAACCCCAAAGACACCGCAGAAAUGUCCGCGUGUGAGUUUGAAUCGCUGGAGAGGACUCUGGAGUCCCACCUUCCAGAGACCGAGCUGUCGGAGGUGAAGCGCAUCCUGUUCGGGAAGGAGACGCAGAAGUUGGACCUCCCGACAUGUGCCGUGAACGCCGCCACCGAGCGGGACUUCGAGCUGAAGGGUUACAGGUUCGAAGCCGCCCCGGAACAGCUGAGGCCGCCCAGAAGGGUCCGCGUCGGGCUCAUUCAGAACCGCAUCGUCCUGCCCACCGACGCCCCCAUCCGGGACCAGAUCGACGCCAUGCACAGCCGCGUGGGUGAGAUGGUCGAGGUGGCCGCCAUGUGCGGCGUGAACGUCGUCUGCUUUCAGGAGACCUGGACCAUGCCCUUCGCCUUCUGCACCCGAGAGAAAGAGCCGUGGACGGAGUUCGCCGAGUCUGCCGAAGAAGGAGGCACCACGCGCUUCUGCCAAGAGCUGGCCAAGAAGUACAACGUGGUCGUGGUCUCUCCGAUUCUGGAGCGAGAGGGGCUGCGCGGCACUCUGUGGAACACCGCCGUGGUGAUCUCCAACUCGGGAAGCGUGCUGGGAAAGAGCCGGAAGAACCACAUUCCCAGGAUCGGAGACUUUAACGAGGUCAGUGGGAGAGUUCCCGCGGGUGCACCGGUGUGGAAUGAGGAACGACCGCAAACGCCCGGCUGUGUUUUCUUUUUUCACGGCCAGUCCACGUAUUAUAUGGAGGGCGACACCGGCCACGCAGUCUUCCAGACGCAGUUUGGGAACAUCGCUGUGAAUAUCUGCUACGGGCGCCAUCACCCUCUCAACUGGUUCAUGUAUAGUAUGAAUGGAGCGGAGAUCAUCUUCAACCCCUCAGCGACUGUGGGAGCUCUCAGUGAGCCCAUGUGGUCCAUCGAGGCCAGGAACGCAGCGAUCGCCAACCACUGCUUCACUUGUGCAAUCAACCGCGUUGGGACGGAACAUUUCAAAAGCGAAUUCACAUCGGGUGACGGAAAAGAAGCUCACCAUGAUUUCGGACACUUCUAUGGAUCCAGUUACGUGGCGGCUCCUGAUGGGAGUCGCAGCCCGGGUCUCUCCAGGACCCGCGACGGGCUGCUGGUUGUUGAGAUGGAUCUCAACCUGAACAGACAGAUCAGUGACAAAUGGAGUUUUAAGAUGACCGGGCGGUAUUCCGAGUACGCAAAGGAACUCGCCAAGACUGUGCAACAUGAUUUCAAACCCAACAUUGUAAAAGAGUAGAUGAUUUUCCAUUUAAAAUGGAGCUAACCGUUGUGCCUUCCUUUUUAAAGAGAAGUGGCUGUGUCAAACAGAACUGCCAUAAAGUUAUUAUAUAUUAAGAAAAUCAAUUAGUUCAUAGUUUCAUAAUUCAUUUUUACAACCUGGGACAUGUCAAACUGCAAACAUGACAAAAUGUUGACAAAACUUAUAAUUGAGGAACAAUUCUGUGUCUACUUGAACUCAAAUUACAGCAGGUUUAAUAACAAACUGAGCACAUGUUCAAAUCCUUCUUUAUUUACAACAUAAUAAAUGCAGCUCUGAUUAAA